AGACAGGUGAGGACUUUCCUAACUGUAGUUACUGAGAAAUCACAAGACAAAAACUAAAAUCUCUCUUCAGAUCUACAAUCAACUGCCCUGAACACAUUUGGCAAAAAGUCCAGAGGAAGGAGAGCCAUGGAUUACUACAGAAAAUAUGCAGCUGUCAUUCUAGCCACACUGUCUGUGUUUCUGCAUAUUCUCCAUUCCUUUCCCGAUGGAGAGUUUACAAUGCAGGGUUGCCCAGAAUGCAAGCUCAAGGAAAAUAAAUACUUCUCCAAGCUGGGUGCCCCAAUUUAUCAGUGCAUGGGCUGCUGCUUCUCCAGAGCAUAUCCCACCCCAGCAAGGUCCAAGAAGACAAUGUUGGUUCCAAAAAACAUCACCUCAGAGGCCACAUGCUGUGUGGCCAAAGCAUUUACCAAGGCCACAGUAAUGGGAAACGCCAAAGUGGAGAACCACACGGAGUGCCACUGCAGUACUUGUUAUUAUCACAAAUCUUAAAUAUUUUGCAAAGUACCAUGUUGAUGACUGCUGAUUUCCUGGAAUAGAAAAUUAAGUUGUUCGGUGUUUAUGGCCUUGAGAGAUAAAACCCUCCUUUUCUUUACCAUACCAUUUGACAUGCUUCAAAGACAUACUGCAGCUUUAUUGCCUUUUUCCUUAUCCUACAGUGCAAUCAGCAGUCUAUCGCUUUUCAUUUGGAAUGAAAUACAGCAUUUAGCUGGUUCCACUGCAAAUAAAGCCUUUUAAAUCAUCA